AUGAAAUUCGAAAAGAACACAGCAGUUUGCAACUUAGAAUGGAAGAUCCGUAAUUUCACUGAAGAAAACUACGAAAAAGCCAUGAACAAUAAUUUAAACACAAACUUUUACUUUAUUAUGCUUGGAAAAAAGAUGACAUCAUGGAAGUUGCAUUAUGGAUUUGAUCGAGAAGGAAUCGUCAUUGAUUUGAAGAAGAUGAGUCGAGAUAAUGAUUUCAAGGUUAAAUUCACUGGAUUUAUUGAUACAAAGAAAUCUGACUCUUCUGUCGUUUAUUUUGAUACUUAUGAGGAACAUGCCAAUUUUAUAUACAAGAAACAUCCAAUUUACUUCACAGAACUCGAACAUAUUUUCGGAAAUCCAGCUGAUUAUCUUGACAAUGGUGUUCUUACUAUCAAUUUAAGGAUUGAGCUGUUUGAUGGCUUCUGUAAGGAAUAUGAGAAUUACAAUGCAUCUGAUCCUGGAAUUUAUUCAGAAUUUACUGAAAUGUUUCAAUGGGGGCUGUUUAGUGACUUCACGAUCAUCUGUUCUGACAAAACUGUCAUCCGUACUCAUCGCUUAAUUUUAUCAGAAAAUUCACCCGUAUUUAAGGUUAUGCUGCAAUGUCCGAUGAAGGAAUCUAUAUCUGGAGUCAUGGAAGUAAACGACAUCGACGGACCAACAAUGAAUGACAUUCUAUUGUUCAUGUAUGACUCUUAUCAUUAUCGUGGAUGGGGAAAUGACCUAAAGGCAAUUUUUUGUGCUGCUGACAAGUAUCAGAUGAACAAAUUAAAAGACAAAUGCGUUAACCAAAUUGUUAGUAGCUUGAAUGUUGAGGAUGUUCUUGAAUUCUUUAUGCUGGCUGAUUUUUAUAAUCACAACUACUUAAUGCAGAGAUGCAUAAUGUUUAUUAAGGCACAUCACAAAGUUCUAUGUAAGACUGAAGACUGGAAGAAGCUUAACGCCGAUCAAUUGAAUAUAAUCGACGAGUAUCCGUAUGAUAACAAUAUUCAUGGUUUGGAAACAGUCUUAUGUUAACAUUGAUGAUGUGCUGAAUGUGUUAAUGGAAUCAAACCAAAGUUUGAGAUGUUUUUUAUAAUUUAUCGGUGAUAUUAAGGAGUUGAAUUCCUCCAGAAACUUAUUCUGUGUAUAUCAUGCUGAAAAUCUUCAAUUCCACUUUAUCCUUAAUCUAUCAGAAUCACACAUCAUGCAUUGCCAAUAAAAGGCAACUCAUUAUUCAUGAUCACUGACCAAAAGGAAGCCUGAGUAUUAAAUUAAGUCAUUGCACAUAAAUAAUUCAAUAUAAUUCGCACCUUAGGUACUAAUUCGCAUAAUUCUUCAUAAAGCAAUUACAUGAGAAGCUAAUGGAUGAGAAAAAAAUGCAGUACAGCCAUAAUUUAAAUUAUCCGUAUUGUUCGUAAUCAUAAAUAUCAGUUUAUCAACGCUUCACAAAAGCAUAACGUAUAUUUUAAAUGUAAUGCUCACAACUUCCAUAUUCACAUAAGCACGUGACGUAUGAUAAGGUUCAAUGAAUUAUCGAGUGAUAUAUCGAGUUGCAAUAAUUAUCAUAAUCAUCAGACUGCUGCCUUCUUUCCAUUUCUGCUGCCGGCUGCUGCUCUUGUGAGUACCUGGUCUGACUCGAUGGAGUGCCUUUCUUUCUCAAGAAAUCAUAAAUAAGUGAGUGAAAAUUUAUUGUUUUAAUUUUCAUAAAUAAUAAUUUUGACACUGAAGAGCGGGAAAAGAGCAGGCAAUGGGCGAUAAAAAUAUUUUAACACGCAUUCAACUUACGAUAAGAUGUCUCUGCGGAUGAUAUUAAGUGAGUGUAAAAUUAUUCUAAGAAGCAUUAUAAAUAUUCAAUCAUUCACGGCACGGUCUUCUUUUAUGGGGGCUAUGAUCAAUAAAUAAGUUAAGUGAGAAGGAA